AGAGCGCUUAACUGUUUGCACCACUAGGAGUUCUGUGUAAAUCGUUAAAACAAGCCAUUUUCAACUGCAGCUCCAUUUAACCCAGUGAACGCGUUGGGCUUCGAUCCGAGUGGUCAGUGUUUCGAAACCACUAACACUGCAGGAGAAAUACUGGGUUUUUGAAGUCUUGGAAACCCAUUGGGGUUCGCGAUCAGUCAGCAUUGACUAGGUGGCAGCCUGUUUAGUGUGGGUUUGGUACUUCAUGUGACUGGAUGGGACCUAACGUUACAGUCAGGGCAGGGUUGAUGAGGUCAACACCCUCACAUUUUAAUGCAGGGCCUGUGUAAGUCAACAAGUAAUGACUUUGAAAUGUGUUCACAUCUCACUUUAUAUACACACUUGUUUUAUUGUUAUGGAAAGAUGUAUGAAGACUCACAAAACACAUUAGCCCAUCACUUUCCUUUGAAUGGUAUGACUUGACAGAUGGUAGGUUAGCUUUGGGGGGGGAGAGAAGUGCUUUCUAAAAUUGUUAUUUCACAGGUCACAUUUUCAGAACAAUGCAGUUCAUUUUCAAGCAGCCACAAUUUUCUGCUAUACCCAAAGGAAGAUUGAUACAAUUUUACAUUCUUAUUUAUGCUAAUUGUUCUUUACAGGUGGCCUACUUGGGACAGGCAUCUUCCCUGAACAGUGUUUUUACAGUAUUGAAGGAUGGCAGAAGCAGUGCUGAUUGAUCUGUCUGGUUUGAAGCUGAACUCGCAGAAUAGCUCUCCUCACCAAAUAUUAAUGAAAGCAUUGAGUGCCGGGCGAUCCACCCAUGCUGCCAAUGCCAAGUUCUAUUUCAUAAUGUCUUGCAGUAGCAGCAGUGAAAGGGAUGGUGACUUUGCUAAGUGUGGACUAGAGACAACCAAUGGAUUACUGGCCCUGGAGAGAGAAUUCGAGACUGUUAGCAAUUCCAGCCUGGUUGCCUCUCUGUAUACCAUUAAACAGAAAAUUGAUGAAAAAAACUUGAGCAGUAUUAAGGUAAUCGUACCGAUGUACAGGAAGACCUUAUUGAAGGCUUUUAUUGAUCAACUCUUCACUGAUGUUUACAGUUUUGAGUUUGAAGAUUUACACAUGGCUUUGCAGGAAGGCCUCUUGAAACAAUCCACUGAAAUAAAUAUGAUUACAUCUCAAGAAUUUGAAGAAAUCAAGAAUGAAAUAGAAACCUAUUUGAGAAGUUUGCCCCCACUGAAAGGAGAAUUGACCAUUAUUAGGUCGCCUUCAAUUCCAGAUGUUUUCAUACACGGAUUUACUACAAGAGCAGGUGGGAUAUCGUACAUCCCAACUCUCAGCUCAUUAAAUCUCUUCAGUAGUUCCAAACGGAGAGAUCCCCAGGCAGUCGUUCAAGAAAAUCUUCGAAGGUUGGCCAAUGCUGCAGGAUUUAAUGCCGAGAAGUUUUACCGAAUAAAGACCGACCAUGCCAAUGACGUCUGGAUUAUGGGAAGGAAGGAGCCUGAAUCGUAUGAUGGAAUAACCACAAAUCAGAGAGGAGUCACGAUAGCAGCCCUUGGUGCUGACUGUAUACCAAUAGUUUUUGCAGAUCCUGUCAAAAAAGCCUGUGGGGUUGCUCACUCUGGUUGGAAAGGUACUUUGCUGGGUGUUGCUAUGGUUACAGUGAAUGCUAUGAUGGCAGAAUAUGGCUGUAGUGUGGAAGACAUUAUUGUUGUACUGGGCCCUUCUGUGGGUCCUUGCUGCUUCACUCUUCCCAAAGAAUCCGCAGAGGCAUUUCAUAAUGUUGAUCCCGAAUGUGUGCGGCUGUUUGAAUCACCAAAUCCCUACGUUGACAUCCGUAAAGCCACCAGGGUUCUUCUAGAACGAGGAGGAGUUCUUCCACAGAAUAUUCAGGACCAGAACCAAGAUCUCAACCUCUGUACAUCCUGCCAUCCCAACAAGUUUUUUUCCCAUGUGCGAGAUGGUCCAAGUUUUGGUACACAGAUUGGCUUCAUAUCCCUCAGAGAAUGAGAUUCUUGCAUCAAUGUUUCCUGCCUCCUUUCCAAGGCAAUGACAAGAGAUCAUUUCGGCAGUUUGGUUUACUUCAGUGUCUAGGUAUAUAUUUACUAUUAUCAUGAGCCGAAUGAUUUUUAUUUGAUUCUAACAAAAACUGACCAAACAUCACUGUGAUGUAGCUAAUGUGUCAUACACAUGAGAAUUAUUAUUUAGUAAUUUAAGUUUAUUUUAACUUGUUUUAAAGCUAAGCACCACUACUACCCCCCUAUGGAAAAUCUUUUUGUUGUUUUGAUCAGAAGUGCAAUUAACUUUGUAAACCAUAGCAUGAUUUUUUGGAAAGGGCUAAUUAUCAAACUAAAAUUUAUUAUGCUGUUUGUCUAAUUGUAAUUUUAAAUUGUGAGGAGUAAGAAUAAUGACUAAAUAUACUACACAACAGUGCUUUAUAAAAUAAAUGUGAAAAUGAUAAUACAACUAGGAGCCAGUAUUUCUACUCUAAUAGUGUGCAUUUGACCCAAUCCAAUCCUGUUCUUCCUUUUAAUAUGUACUACACAGACACUAGAGUUAAAGAAUGUAUUGCUUCUAGUUUAGAUGCAAAAUGUUAUAAUUCAAAAAGACAAGAGCAUUUAAAAAUCCUUGCACCAAUCUCAGUCUCUCUCACACAAAAUCUUGAUUACUAUUUUUCUGUCAGUAUAUUCGUUGAGAAAACUCAUAGAAUUUCAUUCUUUGCCAUAUGACAAAAGUAAAAAUAAUAUUCCUGACUUCAGGAGCUGGAAGAUGACAGUGAUACAUGAGUUACACCAGUCUGUCACAGUGGGGUGUGUUAUUUGUUUUCACUGAAUGAUAUGAAAUAUUUUAAGCCCCCUUCCAAUGUAUUCAUCCUAUUUGUGUGUAUAUGUGUAAUUGUAAGUCUUAAGAGAAUCUAUAAAAAGCUAGCACAUUAACGUGUAGCUCAGUUAACUGUGUAUUUAUGUAUAUCUAUGCAUGAAUGAUAAAGGAUGGCAUGCUUGGUAAAGUGCAGAUCAGGGAAAACACAGGAGGCCCUCGAUGAGAUGGAUUGGCGUCGUGGCUGUGACAAUGGACUCACGCCUCACAACAAUGGUGAAGAUGUCACAGGAGCGGACAGUGCUUCGUUCUGUUGCACGUAGGGUCACUGUGUCGGAGCCAGCUCAAAGUCACCCAGCAACAACACGCAUAGGGCACAGUGUGUGUGUAAAUGGAAAAUGAGAGAUACGGAUAUACUAAGAUACUGUGUGUGUGUGUGUGUAUUCCUUGCCCCAGUGUACUAAUGCACAAAAUGCACAUUAGAUUCAGUGGAAUCAUAGAUUUCUGUACAAAAUUUAAAUAAAGUGAGCACUAAAAGAGUGA